AUGACGAGAAGGAAACGGACCAUUCUAGGGUUUGCCAUAGCCGUAUGUGCUCCAUUGGCUUAUGCCGUUCCAUACGUGGAUUUGACACUUGUUGCUCCUUGGCAAGCUCCCAAUUUACUCGUCGAAAUGGCUGAGACGGUGGGCAUGGAUAAUUCCACCUUGUAUUUCAAGCUUCUCGAUGAUUUUAGCUCGCUCACUACUGAUGACAGUCAAAAGACCGUGCAGCAGAUCUACUCGGGAGCCAUUGACCGCAUCGCUUUGCACCAAGCGCCAUUCCAGAUGGAUAUUCUCAAAAUGGGGUUGGCUUUGCAUAUUGCUACUCCGCGUAUCGAAGCAUACCAUCAAUACUAUCAGCAAGCCGUUAUUCCCACCAUUGCGGAUUACCAAGCUUGCAGUGUAUGGGCUCAACUCAACCAGCAACAGUUCUGCGAACCGUCCAAGCUCGAGGCUUAUAUCCGUAAAGCGGAUAUUCUGCCUCAAAGCUUGUUACCUUUUGAUCACGUCUUUGGACCUCCUUCCGGGAAGCCCGUGAUUUUGUACACGAGCGAAUUCUCGUCUGAUUUUGCCGCUUUCCAUUCCAUUCUAACGCGAGCGACUGAAAAAUACGAAAUUUCCUAUGUACUUCGCUAUAAACCCGCGACCAACAACAAUAAAAGCAGCAGCCGACCGCUUUAUCUGUCAGGAUACGGGGUUGAAUUGGCGUUGAAGAAUACAGACUACCUUGUGAUUGAUGAUCGUGCAGCAGAAGAAAACACGCGCUCCAUCAAAAGUACGCUGACCGGAUUUGGCAAAAAAAUCAGCCAACGUCUGUUUGAGGAAACCAAACCGACCAUUGAACCAUUGACGCCAAAGGAAAUACGAGAUUUGGCGUUAAAAGCGACUCAGUUUGUCGCCUUGUCAGAGAAUCCGCUUUCGUCGCUUACCCAGUUAUCGCAAGAUUUCCCCAAAUAUGCACAGAGUAUCAGUCAAAUUGAACUGGAAGAGAAAUUCAGAAGCGUGAACGAUCCAGAGUCGCCUCUUCAUCCGGGUUUGAACGCCAUGUGGUUGAAUGGCUUGGAAGUCGACAUGGAUAAAGUGGAUCCCUUCUUCUUUAUUCGGGCUUUGCAGACCGAAAGAAAACUCAUGGACAAGUUCCAAUCGUUAGGAAUCAACGCUUCACAGGCGCUUGAUAUUCUCUCCCAUGAGGCAUUGGUCGCUCAAAGCGCAAAUACAGGAAUGGAAGAAAUAUACGAUGUGCGUGAUUCGGCUGAACAGCCUACCACCAUUUGGUGGAAUGAUCUUGAGAAGGAUAAGCGUUACAAAGAAUGGACAUCGAAUCUUUAUGAUAUGCUUCGUCCUGUUUAUCCUGGACAACUACGUGCUAUCCGUCGCAAUGUUUACAAUUUACUUAUGAUCGAAGACUUGUCUACCUUGACAUCGUUGAACCGCAUCAAAGACGAUAUUCAACACAUGAUCAAACAAGGAACACCCAUCCGCUUUGGCAUCAUGCCUUUGGUCGACGCUGACGAGUAUAGUGCCAGUACUAUUACGGCCAAGCUUCUUCACUACGUCAUUACGGAGUAUGGCAAAUCUCAAGGCAUGACCUUUUUAAAUGAGAUCGCCAAUAAAUUAUCGAUAGACAACCUUAAAUCGUCCACACCUGGGCUUGUAGAGGAAGUAUUUACCUUUGUGAUGUCCAAGGCCGGGAAGCCGAAAUCCGGAGACAGUAUGACGUUUGAAGAUGUUUUGGAUUCUCGUCGUGAAUAUGCCCAGCGAGCUCGCGCAUUUGCCAAACGAAUGGGCGUCAGUCAAUCUACCAAUGUUUAUACCAUGUUUUUGAAUGGAAAAUAUCUUGAAUACGAUGAUACCAAGGCUUUGCCUCGAAUCCUUCUUCAAGCACUUAAUGAGCAAACGCAGUUGGUUGCUGGAAACAUUUACAUGGGACAGAUUCGUCAAACGACCAAUGUCUAUGAAUUUUUGCUCACUCAACCGUAUGUUGCGCCUUCGCGUAAUCCAUACAUCAUUGUUACAGAGGACCGACCUCUUCAUAUGCUGCCUGUAUACGAGCCAUCGGAUUCUUUGAAAUAUCUUUAUUAUGUCCAUAGCGGAGCCAAGCCCACUGUAAAUGUAUGGGUUAUUGCCAACUUUAACAAGGUGGCAGGCGUGAAACUCGCUUUGGAAGCCAUGUCAUUUUUGGAAAAUAAUGAACAAGCUCGAGUAGCCUUGAUUCACAAUACUGCGGAUACUUCCGGCGCCGACGUAUCUGGCUUCACGGAAAAGAAAAACGUACCGUUCUCUUCCGUAUUGUACCAAUACACCGCUCAGCAUAAGGCAGGUGUCGAAGAUUUGAAAAAGUUGUUUGCACAUGUCUUGCAAGAUCAGUCAGCCGAAUCUUCCUCAACAUCUGCCGAACAAAUCAAGAUUAUGGCUCCAGGCUCGCCUAUCGUGGAAGCAGCGGUGAAAGUGAAGAGCACUGUUUGGGACGAUCAAUGCAAUGCAUUGACAAAAAUGGGCAUGCCAUCCAAUUUCUCCGGUAUUAUUGUGAAUGGAAGAAUGGUGGGUCCCAUUGAUGCAGAUGCCGAUUUCUCAAAAGAGGAUUACGAUGUGCUGUGGCAAGUUGAAAUGAAAGAUCGAGCGGGACCCGUGUUGACAGCACUUGAAAGUCUCGGUAAUGGUGCCGAGGAGUCCAACCAAAAGGCUGACAUGGUGAUGAAAAUUACAUCGAUUAUCGAAAUCGAUAAAGCCAAUACGCCAAAGAACGUCUUUGAAGGAAAACAGACGCCUGUGCGUACCCGACCUUAUCACCAUAUGAAUCCCGAUCUGGUGCAUUUGACUGCUGGCGAUUCCAGCAAGGAUGCCUUUAUCGAAAUUGGAGUGUUGCUCAACCCUGUAAGCGAAACAGCGCAGAAAUGGUCGGGAUUCUUGGAAACCUUGUCCCAGAUUCACGGUAUCCACAUCGAUAUCUAUCUCAAUCCGCAUCCCAAACUGGAAGAAAUUCCUAUCAAGCGGUUCUAUCGUUACGUAUUCGACAGCGAAUUGCAUUUUGAUUCGAAAACGGGAGCCUUGGAAACGCCUGCUGCUUACUUUGCUGAUUUGCCUCCCUCGUCUUUGUACACACUUGGUGUAGACACCAUCAAUGCCUGGCAUGUCACCGUCAAGGAAGCCAACAUGGAUCUUGAUAAUAUUUUACUCGAGACGCUUGGUGCAGGACAAUCCUCUGUUUCCGCCGUUUAUAAACUGGAACACAUUUUGAUCGAAGGUCACUGCAUUGAUGCCGCCACACAAGCACCACCUCGAGGUCUGCAAUUUGUAUUGGGUACCGACACGGAUCAUUCCAUUACAGAUACGAUUGUGAUGGCCAACCUUGGCUACUUUCAACUCAAAGCUCAUCCCGGUAUUUGGAAUCUGUCUUUACGCGAAGGCCGUUCUAGCCAAGUUUACCAUAUUGAAAACAUCGGAACCGAGGGUCGAUGGGUGAAAGGACAUGAACAAGCCAACAAGUUGAUUCCUCUUACUUCCUUUGAAGGCGUUUUGCUUUUCCCGCAAGUCCGAAAAAAUCCAGGCAGAGAACAUGACGAUGUAUUGGAAGAAGAGUCAACCGUUGAUCAGCAAAAGACACAAACCGGUUUUUGGUCCUCCAUGACAAACAAACUGUUUGGCAAGAACAAAAAUGAACAGGGUGACAACAAAGAGGUUGCUCCUGCCAAGCCACGUCAAGCCGAUAUCAACAUUUUCUCUGUUGCGUCAGGGCAGUUGUACGAGCGCUUCUUAUCCAUCAUGAUCGCCUCAGUCAUGGAGCACACAAAGAGCACAGUCAAAUUUUGGUUUAUCGAGAAUUUCUUGUCGCCAUCCUUUAAAAACUUUGUGCCUGAAAUGGCCAAAGAGUAUGGUUUCGAUUAUGAAAUGGUAACUUACAACUGGCCUUCAUGGCUUCGAUCGCAAAAAGAAAAACAACGCACCAUCUGGGGCUACAAGAUCCUUUUCCUGGAUGUGUUGUUCCCUCUGGACGUGGACAAGGUGAUUUUUGUCGAUGCCGAUCAAAUUGUGCGCACCGAUCUUCAGGAACUGGUAGAUCUUGAUCUUCAUGGUGCACCCUACGGCUACACGCCCUUCUGCAGUGAUCGUCACGAAAUGGAUGGAUUCCGUUUCUGGAACCACGGCUACUGGAAAGGCCACUUGGCAGGUCGUCCUUAUCAUAUUAGCGCUCUGUAUGUGGUGGAUUUGGUUCGUUUCCGUCAAUUGGCCGCUGGUGACCGCCUGCGUGCUCAGUAUCAACAACUGAGUGCUGAUCCCAAUUCCUUGGCCAACCUGGAUCAGGAUUUACCCAACAAUAUGCAACACAUUGUUCCUAUUUACUCACUGCCCCAAGAAUGGUUGUGGUGCGAGACGUGGUGCAGUGAUGAAAGCUUGAAGACAGCCAAAACAAUUGACUUGUGUAAUAAUCCGCUUACAAAGGAACCCAAGCUGGACCGAGCACGCCGUCAGGUUCCUGAAUGGGAAGCGUAUGAUGAACAGAUCCAUAAAUUACGCAAGAAGGUUGCUAAACAUCAGGAAAAAGAGCAAAAGGAAACCCCCACUGCAUCCACGCCUGCACAUCCUAUGAUGAGCCAUGCAUUUGAGGAAGCUAAAAAGGUGGUGCAUGAUUUGAUGGACGACAGUUUUGAAGAUAUCAUUGAUGCCGUCGAUGACUUGCCUUCCGCCAAAGCAGAAACCAAACGUACUGUGACUCACGUAAAAGAUGAAUUGUAG